AUUCUGCGUGCCCUGACGUAGUGUCAUUUUGCUGCAAAAUGGCGGAUUUUCAAAAUAGUUGAUGUUUGCAAAGUUUAUGGUGUCAAUGAAUUACGCUUGAUGGUUACAGAUAAAACUAAGCAAUGGAUUCCCAGGACUCCUUAUACCUUGGUGAGGAUUUCAGCAUGGUUGCUGCACAGGGAAUGCGUCAGUCCAUUGACAACCAGACACUGGGAGCUCCCCCAGCCCCUGUUGCAGCUUCCACUGUAGCCAGAGAUCAGCAAAGAUUUAAAGAACUGUCAAGUGUAGAUCCACGUGGAUCUUUCCUUACCUCUUCUGAGACAUCCCUUGUGGCCACACCCAGGGAUGAAUACCCAGGGAUGAAACUCUCCUUCGGUGGCUUUGACCAGUCAUCAGGAGGAGGCCAGAGCCAAGGAUUGACCAAACAAUCUGUCAACCUUAUUGAAUUUUCAAAAACCAAAAAUGAAAUUGACAGAAACGAGGACUCGGACGAAUAUCAUGGCAAUUUGAGUGCAAGGUCCUCCCUAGGAAUCCUGCCAGUAGAAGCCUUGAAUGAUCUGUCGGCAAGUCUGCUUCCUGUAACCUUGACCCAGGCCAACAUGGAAAAGCAGUCCUACUCACUUCCAGGAUCGUUCAAAGACUCUGUGGAUUCCGCUGAUUGGUCGAAACAAGACUCGAAAGACCCACCAAUAGGCAUCAGCCAUGUUGUCGACACUGUCAAAAAGAGGCCAACAGAUCGCGAAGAACCAGCUACUGCUAGACGAGGAGGGACCAACACAUGCUUGUUUAAUGGCGGAGGCUUAACUGAGGUUGCUGAAACAUCAGAGAUGGAGCAGAGCAUCCUGGAUGUUCAGUUUGAAGAAGAUGAAUUGAAGAUGUUAGAUGAAGACUUCAGCGAUAUUGAAGUGUCAGAUUUGUCAGAUGAAGACAACGAAAGCAAGAAACCCUCGUUAUUUGGUCAGACAGACUUAAGUGAUUUUUUAGAGAUGGAGAGAAAAGUGAACGAAGGAAGUCCCUCCUUGGAAGAGGAUGAUGAACAUGGCCAAGGUGAAGGUCAGGAGUCCGAGGAAGAUGAUGGACUUGUGUCUUCAAGGAAAAGCGUCAAUGACGUGUCUGUUGGCCUUGACAUGAAAUAUUUCCGCCCAAGCCCUGUGCCCCCUUUACAUGACACUGGAGACGGGGCAGAUAGUUACAGACAUCAGAGCAACUACAGGCCAGAUAACAGUGGGAUCACUUCAGGGGCUCACAGUAAUGCAGGAGACUUCAGUGGUCCUAGUUCUCUAUCCCAGCUGAGGAGGCAGUAUCGCAGCGGAGACGGGAGUGAGAUCGACACUGAUGAUGAACUAGAGGCAGCCAGACAGAGUCUGGCCCUUGAUGAGGAAGACCCACCCAGUAGGCAGGUGCCCCGCCCAGGCCUUGAGGGGCAGCAAGAUGAGAGGAGCCAGUUCUCCAUGAUGCUGAGACAGUCCGCUGAGGGGGACGUGGUUACCUCCCCUGUCCCCGGGGAUGGAGGAGGGGGUGGGGAUGGCAGCAGUGGCUCAGAAAGUGAUGGACAAGUUGGAUCCCAGCAGAACCACUCCCUGCCCCACAGGUUUGCACACGGUCAAGUCUACAGGCAGCAGUUUGACCAAGGAGAUGCAUUUCCAGAGGAAGCCAGAGUGCGACCAAUGGGAGAUGACCUGUUGUCCAGAGAUGAGUUUGCUUCCACUAAUGGUGACAACAAUUCCGUAGCUGGCAUUGACAGAUUCUCAACAAUGGAGGAUGGCCAGAACUACCUGGCCAAUACACUGAGGAAUGACAUGGAGGACUCGAGGCUGCAGUCCCGAUUCCUGGCCCCCGUGGGUCAGUCAAUGCGGUUCAGUGACACCCUCUCCCAGCAGGUGCCCCUCAACGCCAGCUCCUUCAACAUCGAGGACAUGUUCCUGUCUGGUCAGCCCAACACGUCCCAGGACAGCGGCAUCAACACCGCCAACACCCAGGAACAGGGGCCAAGGCUGGACGCAUCAGGAUUCAAUGCUGAUGAUUUCCCAGAGGUUAAGGAUCCCUUUGCUGCUUUCAACUCAUCAAUGGGAUCUUUUGGCUUGAAUGCCUCUGUACAACUUCAUCAGUCAGGACAUGCCAGCCCUCCUGAUUGGUCAGAUAAAAACACCCACCAGCCAAUCGGAGGCAACCAGUCCGUAUCAAGCUCAGGCCUUGGUCAGAGUUUUGAAACAGGAAUGGAUCGUCAAUCGAUGAACAGUGCAAGAGCUCUGUCUCGUCAUGACUCCCUGCCCCAUGGUGAGGAUGGUGGGGUGGGUCAUCCUCUGGGGGGAGAGGCACAAGGAGCCACGGCAGCUGAAUCAUCAGGACCAGUCGAGUCAAGUGCUACUGCGGAUGUCAGGGUCAAGGAGACUGCUGGUGUGGCCAACUACACCCCGGUGUACUAUGACAAGAAUGGAGAGGGUGUGACGGACCUGGCCUUCCACAAGUCCCUGAUGAAGGAGGCUUGUGAGCAGAAGCAGCUCCUCACCACCGAGGAGGCCGAGCUGGAUGAAACACAAGCUGCUGUACCGGAAGGUGAUGACUUCUUUGAUUUGGAUCACGGAAAAGCUAUGUUGGAUGCUGAUGAAGCUGAAUUUGAAAAGGAGAAUAUCUUCAUGCAGGAUGAUAACAUGUCCCAGGCCCAAUACCGAGAUGUCAUCGCUAACUCCACGUCACGCUGGGACAACUUCAGCGCCGACGCCUUCCUGCGCAUCUCCAUCGGGCAGUAUUGGGCCACGCGGACGGAGGUGCUGGGGACUCUUGAGGGGGAUCCAAGGCACCCCCGGCCUGAGUUUGGGAUGUUGGUGAAGACCCCACCUGGUAACCGCCGACCUGUAGCCCUGAUCGACACCUCCCCCACCCCGAGUCAGCCCUCAGACAUGAGAACAGCUGGUGUGGGGAAUGAAGAUGAAGGAGAGAAAACAAUACUCGGUGAGAGAGACAGUACAUUCACAAUUGACGAGAUGACCACACCAAAACCUUCAAGUGCUAGCUCUUCUCCUAUACGUCAGCAGCCGAAACAGCUGAUCCCAACAGAGGGUAAUCAACACAUGGGUAGUGACCGUCUGUCAGGGUCAAGCGGUCAGUCGUCCAGGGACAGCGACCACAGCAUCACGGACAACAGUGCCUUAUUGACGGUCAGCGCCAUUGAUAGCUUCAUCAACAAGGUGAAUGCUCAGUCCAAUCCUGGCGACCUGGUCAGCACCAUUAUGCAGAUGUCCAACAAGAACAGACUGAAAACCAAGGAGUCCAGGCCUGUGGACAUGUUGGAGAAGAGGGUCGAGGAAGAGAGGAUGGAGAAGAGGGCUGUGGAACAGGACAUAUUUGUGGAGAAGAAACAGGAAUUUUCUGCUCCAACAAACAGACCUGAAUCCCAACCAUUUGAGAAACCUAGUCCCCCAAGAAAGCCAUUGCGGGGUUCCCGCCUCCCUAUACGCAAGGGUUCCUUGGCAUCUAUGUACGAGAAAGCAUGGAAAGAUCGACAGAAUGCAGAAAAAGAUGACAAGCCAAACAACGAAAGCAAAGUUGUACGGAGGAGAUCGGACACGGUGAGAAGACCCAAGUCAGAGAGUGCUGAUCAAAAAGACAAUGAAUUCCGAAGGGACAAGCAUGUCAUGCAGGUUAAAAAGGCCGAGUCAGCAGGAAUGAGAAAAUGCAAAUCUAGCUCUGUAUUGGAGAAACCAGUUCAAGCGAACACUGAUUUGACUGUCAAAAGUGCUAAAGAUUUGCAAAAGAUGAUGUCGACAGGUGUUCGAACAAAUAACCAAUCUAUGAGCAAGCCAGAGCCGAUGAAAACAGUGUGUAUUAAGCCGGGGAGUGAGAAGGUCGAUAAAGUGAAGACAGUGACGCCGGAGAAAGGGUUGAAUAGUUCAACUAAUGAGAUAGAUGAGAACAACGACAGUUUUCAGAAUGAGUGGGCGUCACCUCGUCCGAGCUUGGGAGGUGAUUUUUUGGAAGAACAUUUGAAAUUCCAGAAAAAAGGAAAUGCGCAACAAAAUUUACUGACUUCGUUCAAUAAUGAAUUCAAAACAGGCGAAAAGGAAAAUAUGUCUGAUCUGUCGAAAAUAAGACAAUCUGAAAAAUCAGAAAAUCUAGAUCACAAUGUUGACAUUUCUGGGUUAAGAAAUGCUAUUAUGAAUGAGAGGAGGAAAGACAGAGAGUGUAGUAAUCAGAGUGUGGACAGAGGCAAAGUAGUCCCUGGUCAGCAGCGGUCAAAGCAAAUGAUCAACAAAUGCCCUAUGACCCCACCUGUCCGACAAAAACCGGAAGCUCAUUUUCGAAAAGAAAAUAUUCCAGGCUAUGAUAAUCGACGCUCAAAUGCAUUUCCUGCUCAAAUUCAUCAGGAUCAUGUGAGUGUUAAUUCUGGACAAAAUGACAUGGAUGUCAACUUGUCUCAAUCAUCGAGCAACUGUGUUUCUAGUUAUGAUAAGGAUGGAUACUAUGCUGGACAAAAAGCUGCGACUUACACCCCGAAUGUGCCCCACGGUGGUAAGCCAGACUCUGGUUACAAUGUGUCCACUGUUCAUCAUGUGCCGGACGGUACUGACUACAGUGCUGUGUCCAACUACCUCAGUGCCGACAAGAAACUGUCCCGGGACGAGAUGGUAGGGACGUCCGAUAUUCAGCUGGCUGAAUCUCGCGGGUUUAAUGUGAUCAGAGACCAGGAAAUGACCCGGAAUGUACCCAUGACUGGCAGCAACUCCUACUCAAACAACGAUCUUUCAAAAUAUUCGGAUGGUGUUGGUGCUAAGAUGACCUGUGACAGAAGUUAUGUGUCCAAUCAGUCGAUCUCGAAAGUUACUUCAUUUCAUCCUGAUUCUUUGGAUAAAGGUCUUUCAAGUCAUCCUCAACAGAUGACGGUAGGUCACAUGCAAAGACUGCAGGGGAACAAUGGUGAAAGACAGGCUCCCUUCACUGAUGGUUCUCACUCUGGUUUCAAACCAUCCAUGCCGCCACCAGAGAAAGUGCCAUUUAAGAAGCCUACACUUCUCACUGGGCAGUCGUUGAUGAAGACUGAGUUUGCACAGAAGCAUCUUGGCAAGGAGAACCAGGUUGACAAUCGGCAUCUGGAUGACAUCAGCUUCAUGACAGACGACACCGCUGCUCGUAGUUUCCUGGAGCUGGAACCUCAGAACUUGUCGACAAUGAGUCACAUGUAUGGGUCUGAACUGCCGAGCUUCUUCAACCAGAUGCCGGUGUAUCACAGCACACCCUUUCAUGACAACAUGCCGGUGUAUCUCGAGACCAACACCAAUGUGACCCCAGCCAACAUGAACUCCAUCUCAUCUACAGGUCAGAGGAAUUUCAGAACAGCUGACAGUUCGCUAGGCUCCAGGCUGGGGAAUCAGAGUGAUGGUUCUCUACAAUGCACUAUGAUGACCCCUCGCAUGUCCCGAACGUGCAUAGAGGCGCCAAGCAUAGUGACAUUCCCUGACCCCUGCUGUGUGGGGAUCUCCGUGGAGACGACCUUGCCCUUGAAGAACCCAACCCCACGUUGGCUACAGUGUGUCAUCUUUGUGAAGGAGCUGAGUUUGAAUGGCCGAGGAGUAGACCCAGAGACUCACUGUCCUUUCAAGAUGAAAAAUAAGCUCACCAUUGAACCAGACUCGACAGAAAACAUUCCGGUGAUGUUUCUGCCCAAGUCCCCGGGAGCGUACGUAGCUCAGGUAGAGGUUUUCUCUCAACCGUUCCUGCGAGAUGGGAACAUGAUCCCAGAUGGUCUCCCGGCCACAGUCACGCUCCAGGCCAUCUCCGAACGGCCGAUGAUCCAGAUUGUUACUGAGGAAGACAGUGCCAUUAACUUCGGCGUGAUGACAUGGGGGAAGAGUAAGGCCUCCUCGCUGAGUCUGCGUAAUGUUGGCAAGUCCAUGGUGCCCCUUCGGCUGGCCAUCACUGCGAGCAAGUCAUGGCACUGCUUCAUGUUUGACAAGUCUCAGACGGGAGAUGUCUCCCUCAUCUCUAAGAGCAACAGACCCCCAUCCCCAGCGCUAGGGAAAGGCGUGGUAAACAUCUCGCUCAAGGGCUACGGCGAGAGUGGCUCCUCCAUGUCAUCUGAGGACAUCAAAAUAUACUGCAGACCACCGGAAAAACAAUCUCAUUCAGUGCUGGCCCAGUACCCCCCAGAUGAGAUCGAGGCCCGUAUUGAUAUCGAGGUGGACACGCCCAUCCCCAGCCUGCCCCCGGUUGCCUCCAUCAGACUGCAGGCAACCAUCGGAGUGCUCCGACUGCACACACCCAGGAACAUGGAGACAAUCCACCUGAAGUGUCAGGCAGGGAAGAGUGCCCAGGAGACCAUCAAGCUGAAGAACUCGGGCAACAUCAAGAUGGAGGUGCAGCUGUCCGUGCCGCAGUUCACCGACGUGUUCCGCAUCACGCCCGAGAAGCUCAUCAUCGCCCCAGGCAGCUACUCCUCCGUCACGGUCGCCUUCCACCCCCGACUGGACAAGGAUGUGAAGAAAUAUGACACCAUCUUCGUGAUGUACCUGCUGCAGGACGGUACGAUGUACGAGUUGGUGCUGAAGGGUGAGGUCCAGCCCACGCCUCGCGGCCCCUUCCUGCUCAGUGACAAGUCCUACCUGGCGUUUGGAGGGGUGGCCAUCGGCAGGGCAAAGCAACAGAAGGUCACCAUCCUCAACAAUGCGCCCCAGUCACUGAAGCUUAGUGUCGACGUCCGAUCUGACACCAACUGCUUCCAGCUGCAGAGUUCUCUGAGUCGAGCCGAUGAGAAGAUCCGGCGCCGUGACAUCAUCAUCCAGCCACAAGAGAAGUUCCCCAUCUACAUGCUGUAUGCACCUGAUUCGGUUGCUCCCAACACUGGCAAACUCGUCAUCAAACCAUAUGAUCUUGGAACCAAAUUUUCUAUUCCUCUAUCUGGCUACGGGGGACUGAGCGCCAUCACUCUCGAGGGCGUUGGUCAGUCUGGGACAGACAAGUACUUUGCUACUAUUGGACGUGUCUCUAUUGGCAAUAACUGUCUCAGCAGAGUGGUCGUCACUAACUCAGGACGGCGGUCAGCAUUUGUCCGAGCAACACCUUACGAAGAUCUGCACUGCUCCAAGAACCUUGCCCCCGGGAGAGUAGCUAUUGACCCCAACGAGUUUGUUCUGACUCCCGGCCAGCAGAAGACUGUCGUGAUUGCAUUCAGCCCAUCAAACCGUGAGAUUGCAAUCUGUGCCCAACACAAGGAAAUUGUGGCCGCCAUUGCUUUUUACCAUGGAGAUGAGAUCAGCAGACAAAAGUAUAGAAGGGGCAUUCGGCGUGAGCGCUUGUCCAAGCCUCUGAAGUCUGUGGAGAACCUGGGUGUGAAGGACGUCAACUUUGACGUGAGAUACACUGACGAGGAGAGUGCUGCUGUACUCAGUGAAGCUAAAGGUAUGGCUGACAGUGCCAGUGACCUGCAGCUGUUUUACAGCGCCAUCUCCAAGACAACGCUAGCACUGAUAGGGGAGCCAAGCACGUACGACUCUCUGCCCAUGCAGACCCCUCCCCAACACCGCUCCUACUCCAGCCUGGACCUGUACCCCAGCUCCCACCCCGGGCUGAUGGCGGUCACAGGGGACAAGGUCAACAGUGACUCACUGCCCCACAUGGAACCCAGCAGGGACUACAGCUCAAUGUAUGGCGUGGGCAAGACUUUCCACAGUCAGACACAGCCUGUGUCCACCGGCAAGGACGAUGACUGGGAGUUGCAGCCAGAACAGCUGAUUCUCGCCCUGCCUCCACGUGGAGAGGAAAUUCCAUCUCGCUCCUUCCAGAUACUCAACUUUGCCAGAAGGAAAAUGAACUUCGACCUAUGCUGGCCAGGCCACUGUGUGCAUGUCUCUCCCAAACAGGGAACAGUCAACCCCAGGAGUACCUCCGAGCUGCGUGUGAGUCCACUCCCAUCACUGCAUGACAGACCUGACCUGCUGCCCUGGAGUGGAACCAUUCAGGUCAACUGUGAUAACCAAUACAAGUUGCUGAAGCUGCAGAUCCGUGCGGAUGUGAUACAAGAACGCAGUUGUGAUGUAUCACUGUCCAGCACGUCCCUCGUCCCCCUGACCAGCCAGUCAGCCACGCCUUCAGUCCACAUCCCUGACAUGUCACUUGACCUCAGCAAGGAUGUGAAGCUAGCAAACACCCAGAUCAAGUUCCUCAACACCAGGAUAGGGGAGCACUGUGAGAGUCUGUUGGAGUUCACCAACACAGCCAAUGAUCCCAUCUACUGGAACGUGUCCUCGUUUGCCCCAGCCUAUGUCAAGGGAGUUGACCACAGCAGUGACGUGUACCGUGUCACGUACGCCGUCUUCCAGUUCACGGAGAAGUCGGGGCAACUCAAGCCCAGGGAAACUGCCAAGGUGCCCGUGGUGUUCUUUCCUCAGUCCAGUGGCACAUUCACACAGUACUGGGACGUCAAGUGCAAGAUCAAGUCAUCUGUUGCUGCAAGCUCUCUCACGUUCAAGGUUCAUCUCACAGGAGAGGGAGUCGAGGUGGACAAAGACGUGCGACCAGAGAAGCAGACCAAUGCCGCCCGACUCAGUGGGGCCUCAGACAAGGGCAAGAGGUCCAGUAGAGAGAGUGCCAAGCGGAGCAGUGACCGUCCCAUCCAGUUGAUACAGUCUGUAGUGCAUGCGGAAUGUGAUGCCGAGCAGAGAAUCACGGUCAAAGUGCAGUUCCAGAACACCUCCGAGAAGGCCCAUCAGAUUGAGGUCAUUCCUUCGCAGCCUCCCUUCUUUGUCAAGCACAAGACUUUCACUAUUGGUGCUCGAAAGAUGCUGAAGUACCCUGUCGAGUUUAAGCCGACUCAGCGAGGCUCUUUUGACGGUUUGCUUGUUUUCCGCAUCGACCUCGGCUACAGCGUCAGCGCUCAGCUCAAGGGACACAGCAACUGACACAGCAACUGACACAAUGAAAAACGGCCAAAACAAUGACGUAUUUUGUGUAUUUCUAAUGUUUUUUACAAACUCUGCCAAUAUCCACACUGCCGCUAUGAAAUACUCCCUGAUUGUGAACGUUGUGUGUGAGACUGCUCAAAAUAUUGUGAUUUGAAACAGACAAAUCAAUAGAGGAGUGAGAAUUAUGUCCUAAGGACCUGACUUUAUGAAUUGUGUAACCCGUGUGUCGCGUUCGUACUGUAUUUCAUGGUGCACAAGAACAGCUUGUAACCGACAUUUUGAACAAAAUUACCAUUCAUUAUAUAUAUUUUACAUUUCCCCUAUGUGGUGCAUUACGCAGGAUAACCAAAGAUUCCGCCUAUGAAAUAUUGUCAAAUAAUUGUGUUCUUCCACGAAGAGUGUUACAAUCCAAAGAAACAAUGUUGAAUAUUGAACUGCCAGAUAAAUUAUUGAUAUGCAUCGAAGAUACCGUUAGUGGACAAUUCUUAGUGGUAUUGCAUGUGAAUGAUACGUUGUUUGAUGUUUGGUUGCCUUUGUGUUUUCGAUUCUUUAAUUUCAGUGAUAAGUCAUUUGAGAAAAUGUAUAGUGUGACAUUGGCAUGCUGGCUUCAAGACAUGAGAGUCGGUGCUAUUGUGUGUUGUUUUAUGUGUAGGAACUAUUUGUACAUCUCAUUGAAAUGAGGACUGGGUUGACAUCGAUUUCAAUCAUUUCAGGGGCGGUGGGUAGCCUAGUGGUUAAAGCGUUCUCUCAUCGCGCCGAAGACCCGGGUUCGUUUCCCCAAUGUGUGAAGCCCAUUUCUGGUGUCCCCUGCCGUUAUGUUGCUGAAAUAUUGCUAGAAGCAGCGUAAAACCAUACUCAUUCAACUCAUUUCGACAGAAAAAACAAACUGAAUUGAAUGUUAACACUAGAAGUCGUGAAAUGCUGCUUCAAGUGGUAGAUCAGGGCGGUCGGGUAGCCUGGUGGUUAAAGCGUUCGCUCGUCAUGCCGAAGACCCGGGUUCGAUUCCCGACAUGGGUACAAUGUGUGAAGCCCAUUUCUGGUGUCCCCGCCGUGAUAUUGCUGGAAUAUUGCUAAAAGCGGCGUAAAACCAUACUCACUCACUCCCUCACUCAAGUGGUAGAUCAUUGACAAAUACCACAGAUCAUGAUCCAUACAUUUCACAGUGGUGUGAACUAGUUCUGAGUUUGACGAGCCAAGUGGACAGAAACUAGUGAAAACUGAAGAGUGGACUAGUUUGACUGGACCCGUAGAGUCUUCCUGUAUUCAUAAGUGUGUUAGUCUGUUCAUAUAUUCGUUGUUUUACCCUUUACUUACUCUUGUAUUCAAUACUUCAUUUAGAGUUGAUUUCUUGUUUCUCGUUGUGCUAUUUAUGACGUGCAUGUUCAAGUCGCUGUUUUUCAUGUAGUGCUUAGUGUUAACUUUUGAUGUACAUGCAGGAAGGCAGUCAUUCAGUGUCAGUAUAAUAAAUCAUCUUAUUAUCUGGGCCCCCUUCCACAAAGCUAUCUCAGUGCUACGACUAUUGUAAGCCAGUGUUAGAGUAUGGGAGUUACGAUCACUUUAGCGCUAAGAUGGCUUUGUGGAAUGGGGCCCUGCACUUUGUUUCCCACAAAAAUAUCUGCUCUGUUUUCUUCCACAUUUAAGAUUCAAAUUAAGAUACAAACAUGCAAUUUUACUUGUAUUGUGUCAUGAAUCAUGUUGCGAUAUUAUCGUUUUGUGAUUUCUGAGUAUCGUUUCUCAUCUUCAAUGUAUGAUAUUGUCUUUUCAGUAUAUUGUUUCACUGCCAUACUUGUUGCGUGUUACACUGGGUAACUUUAUGCAUGCUUUCCAUUUAGUGCAUAUUUCGGUCACUUGAUUUUCAUGCCAUGGAAAGCUUGAUAUUAGCUUGCCAUGUCAUUCUCAUGUCUUUAAAUCUUAAGUUUCAUAUGCUGCGUUCUUAAAAAUGCAAGCUUGUUACACAUCAUGUUAACUACAGCAUCUCUAACAUACAGCAUUGAUACCUGAUAUGUUAGCUCAGUAGGUGAUGACAUACUACUAACACCACUACCUGAUACUGUGUGUGCCUUACUUCCUGGUGCUGUAGUCUGAAUAUAUCACCUUGCGUUGUACAUGUCCACUUCAUACAUGUUUUCAUCUUUCUGACAUUUAAAGUGCAAGGAAGUUCUGGUGAUCGGAGGUUAUGUUAUUGCAAGGUCUGAUGCUAUACACAUUCCCAAUAUAAUGUAUGUAGAAGUGUUAGUAUGAACUAAUAUGUAAAUAGGACCUGCUGAGAAUCUCAAUCAUGUGUGCUUUGUUAACAAAUGUAUAUAGUCGUGUUGCCUAGAAAUACAUUCAUAUCCAAGUCGGGGGAGGGCAGGUGUGUUGCAGAAGAACUGUUGGAAUAUCAGAUAUGCAUGUUAUCUUUGGGGUAGUCAUAAAUUUGGUAAUUCACCAGAUUUAAUAAUUUGAAGUUUGAAGUGCAUGCCUGAAGUAUUUAAGGUAAGGUGGAAAAGAAAUGUAAUUUAUUUCCUUGUGUGGACAAGCCUUCGUUUUGCCAAAAUUAGAAAUAUAAAAUUGUAAGAUGAUUUUGACUGAAAUAGUUUUAUGGUUUAAUCAUUUGUUUCAACAGAAAAUGAACAUCAAAUUGACCCUGUCAAUAUUUUAUUUUAUUAUUUUUGUAUUUUGCCUUUGGGGUUAAUUAAUGACCAAUAAUAUCUGUAAUUUUGUGUAGCUUAAUAUUAGUUGUGUUUUAUGUGGUAAUAUUGUUUCAGAUUCUGUAUCGUCUGCUCCAUCAGCCUAAUUAUAACUGCUAGUUUAAGUACAAGGCUGCUGGGUGUGAAUACAGUGUUGAGGGUGUGUCCUCCAGUUACCUCAGAUCAGUAGAAAUCUGUCUCAAUGUUAAAUGUAUGUCAGAUGCUGCAAGACUGGUAAUGUUGGACUAGAACUGGCCUCACUGUUUGACCACACCAGGGGCCAAUUGCACAAAACGAUCUUAGCGCUGAGACUAUUGUAAGCCUAUGUUAAAGUAUGGGAGUUAAGAUCAUCUUAGCACUACGACUAUUGUAAGCCUAUGUUAAAGUAUGGGAGUUAAG